AUGGACGUCGUAGUAGCGUCAUCGUCCUUUUUGGUCUCCUCCUCGACCGUUUUGGGUGGUGCCUCAGCAGUCUCCGCGCGGGUGCCGCAACCAUGGUCGCUUCUUGCCCACCAACGCAACUCACGCCACCCUCCCUCGCAGAGGCAGGCAGAAACGUCCUCCAGCUCCACCUACCCCGCGGCGGAGGGGAUGUGUGAGGGUGGGAGUGUUGGUAUUCCUGCCGGAGCGGUCGUCACAUCGCCGUGUGGUCUGAUGGAUGCUCAAGAGGGGGAGGAGACGGCGUUGCACUCUCCGAUUGUCUCCACCGCGUGCGUUGCCUGGCGUGUGGCACCAAAGUUGUUCCUGACGACUGAGCCCUCAGAGCGCCGUGGCAGUGCCGAUGGGGGAGACUGUGAUCCAGCAGCGGCGGCAGGGGAGGGGGGCGGUGGUGGGUACAAGCUAUUGGCCUUCCUGCAGCGACAUGCAUCCCCGUGGUGUCACGGAGAGGAGGCGGAGAGUGCGCUGGGCGUGUUCGCGGCGGUGCUGAAGCUGGUGCGCGAGGUCCAUCUUUCGCGGUGCCCUUUGUGUGCCCCACGGCACCCACCGAACUGGUGGACCUCGGUACGGGAUGAAAAGCGAUACCGUGAAAUCCUGCAUGACAGACACAACCGCGAAGUUAAAAAAAUUCGACAACACGAAGAUGUUAAUGGUGGUGGGGAUACAGAAAACGAUGAAGAUUCAGAGCUGGGCGCUUUGGGGCGUUCACGCAUUCUUGUAGACGGCGCAGUGGGAGACGCGGAACGGCGGCUGGGGUGGCGGCAGCAGCUGCUGCCGACGCUAGAGACAUGGAGCACUAAAAAUGGUUUUCAAUUAUCCUUGGCAGGGGCGCAUCAACGGCUGCGUCUCGAGGCAGUGGCGUUUCUUGAGCACGUCUACAGCCGCAGAGAGCACCUCCAUGCGACACGCCCUGUCAUGUACUCUGUGCGUCUAGAUGCACAUCUGCUGCGGCGCGAGUGCGCGGCGCUUGGUGGUAUCGUCCUCCUUGAGGCCCUCCUGCUGGGCCUCUGA